AUGGAGAUCUGGUUUUGGAUUCUUGGCUGGGUUCUUUCAUUUCUGGCUAUCAUUGGAAAUGGAUUUACAAUCUUCCUCGUUUGCAGCAGACGAAAUCUUCGCACUAAAACCAACGCGUUUGUGGUAUCACUUGCGGUAGCGGAUUUCUGUGUUGGUUUGAGCGUUAUUCCUUCUCUGUUAGCUUGCGAAUUUACAAACACCUGCCACUGGCCUGAUUAUUGGUUAUCGUGGGUGAAUAUUAUAAGAUUGUUGUUUAGUCACUCGUCUGUUGUAAACUUAUGCGGCUUAGUACUGGAUCGUUUUAUUGCCAUCAUCUAUCCUCUAAAAUAUAUUACUUUGAUGACUCGCCGUCGAAUUACCCAAGUUAUUUUCUUGUCUUGGGCUCUACCAGUUAGUUACAAUGCGCUAAAAAAUACCCUUUGUAUUGUCUUAUUUCAAAACGAUACCUCCGAGUGUCCUUUUAUUUGGCCGACCAUAAUUUCCGAGUUUCUUCCAUGUGUUGUAUUAAUGCUCUGCUUUGUAUCAAUGAUAUUUCAUGUAUGCAGGCAUGAUCAGUCAGCACGUACCUUAGCAAAACAGUUGCGUUUUAACCAUCAGGUAUCGUUUAAAACCCAUCACGAGAAGUCCGCAGUAAUAAUGAUGGGUAUUGUGAUAGGAGUGUUUCUUGUUUGCUAUGGUAUGUAUCUACGUUGUAGUUUUCUAAUACUAUCCUCAUCACCAUGUAAUGAUGAAAACUACAAAAUUACUUUCUUGGUUUUAAACUCAGCUAUUAACCCAUUGGCUUAUGCCUUUUUUAAAAGAGACAUAAAGAAAGAGUUUAAAAGACUCGUUGGCGCUGUGUUUUAUAGAAAAUAACAAAGUUAACUAAAACCUACCACUUGACGUGCGUAACUCAUUCUUGUAGGAUGUAAGUCUUUUAUGACGAGUGUGAAAGGCUUGAGCAAUUCAGUAAAAGACUGAUGAAUGAGUGAGGCAUGGACUCAAAGCGAAUUGAAAUUUGGAAAAUUUGGAGCCGAUUAGGAGAGAAAACAAGAACUUUUUGACCCUAACAGAAAAUACAAGGGAAAUACAAGUUCUUAUUGGAUGGAACUUUUUAGUUUCACAUCAUGAGAGUACAAUUUCACACCCUGCUACCAAAGCCCGCUUUGCUUCACUUGCUCGAUUUUGGCAUACUCCAGCAUGACUCUGUGUCAAUCGAGUAACAAAGAUAGCGUGAGCAUGUGCUGCUUAUUGCUUGGAUAUAGUUUGGAACCCAGGCUUAAUAGCCGUGCGCUUUGUACAUUGGGCUCAUCGGUUAUGAUCAUCAGUUUGUCAAUCUCAGUCUGAAACGGAUGCUUACACUCUGAAUACCAGUUUGAAAAGAGAAAUGAAGAUUGACAAGUUCAGAAGUUCGAGGUUCGGUGACUUCAUAAGGCUUGGCGCCAAUUUUCCUCCACACUGAGGUUGUUUCUUCAAUAGCCUUCGUAAUCAACUCUGUUAACGGCGAUAGAUUCCUAGAAUUUACCGAACCGAACUGAAAGAUUAACUGUACGAUAUUCUUGUUAUAUGAAGUAAUUUCCUUGUUGAGAAAAACACAAAUAAAGAAAUGUAGUUGUUUUGUAAUCUUUCCGUGCAAGUUUAUUUCAGCUCAGUCCUGCAGGUGUGACUGAAAUGAUAAAAUCGUGUAAAGUGUAAAAUGACUUGUUAUGGAGAAAAAAAGGUAGCUAUCAAACAUUACACGAAAGUAAUACUAAUUUUCCUUAAAAUUCUGUGGAAAUCAUGACAAAGAAAUUAAUAUUGGUUGCUAAGGAAGCCCAACAGCAAAUUGGAUAGACGAGUUGCUUGUGGCUGGAACGAUAUUAAAAUCGUUGCAUGCCGAAUGAAUAAUAAAACCUUCCAAUUUAGCUGUACGAAAUAAAAAUAAAGUAGAAGGCAUCUAACUAAACAAUAUUGUUAAUUGAUUGAUAACUGAGCUAGUGAAACAGUUCUUAAAGAUCAUAUCGACACCCCAGGCGUCUUGCGCCAUGUAUAUAUAUACAUAUUGAAAGGAUUAUAAAAUAACAAGGUUCUAUAAAUAAUUAAUUAACUGUUAGACAUUCAAGAAGUUUUUUUGAAGAGGGUGUUUUUUGCACAGUUGAACUGCCGUUAAAAACUUAUCGACAUUGUGUUUCUGUUUCACAUCGUGAUCAGUUUAUUUUUUUUCCUUGCUCCAUUUAUUAACUGAAAACCAUUGCAUACUCUAUUUAGUAUAGCAAUGGAGUUAAACGGAACAGUCUAGGCAGAUUACCUUGAUGCUGCUGGCUCCUGUCGGUCUUGUUUUAUUUUCUCGCUUAUGAAUAGUUAACGACAACAGUGGAAACGUUCUCAGGCAAAUUUAGUAACGCGCUGUACGUGAUAUUUACGAGACGGCCUUGGCUUUUUAUUUAUUAAUGCACUUUUGUCGUAAUUUGUAGUAGACCUGUCGCAAUUUGUAGGAAAUAUGUCGGCCUCAAUUUAGACUAAAGUGAAGGUACAUUUUUUUUAAUCACGGCUAAGGUCACGGUUAAUUCCAUCUGUUAUUACUGACAGACCAGACUGGUUUAGUUGUAAAGAGAAUAGUAUUUAAUAAGAACUUCUCUUAACUGCCGUUACUACGGAUGGAGACCUGGUUUUGGAUUCUUGGAUGGGUUCUUUCCUUUCUUGCCAUCACUGGAGAUGGAUUUGUAAUCUUCCUCGUCUGCAGCAGACGAAAUCUCCGCACCAAAACCAACGCGUUUAUUGUUUCACUUGCAGUAGCGGAUUUCUGUGUUGGUUUGAGCGUCAUUCCUUCUUUGUUUAUAUGCGACGUUACAAGCACCUGUGAGUAGCCUCAGACUUUUCCGUCAUGGAAAGAUGUCGUAAGGUGGCUGUUUAGCUACUUGUUUGUUUUAAACUUGAGUUCUCUGGUGCUCGACCGUUAUAUCGCCAUCGUAAAGCCUUUUAAAUACGUAACUUUCAUGACUCGAUCUCGUGUUAUUGAAGUGAUAACUUCCUGUUGGAUAGCGUCAUUUACAUUGGUUGCGUUCAAGACCGCACUUCGGCUUUGCUGUGAAACCCCUCUGACCAGUAUCGUUGCAGUUGUGGUUUUAAUGAUUUCCAUGGAAAUCGUUCCAUGCGUUCUGCAGAUAUUCUGUUUUGUGUCAAUGUUACUUCAUGUAUGGAAACAUGAUCGGUCAGCACGCACCCUAGCAAAACAGUUACGUUUUAAUCAUGGGAUAUCUUUUAAAACCCAUAAAGAGACGUCUGCAGUAAUAAUGAUGGGUAUUGUGAUAGGAGUGUUUGUUGUGUGCUAUGGAAUAUAUUUACGUUGUAGUCUCGUAGUACUAUCCGACACAAAUGCAUCAUGUAAAGAUGAACAAUACAAAAUUCCUGUAUUGGUUUUAAACUCGGCCAUUAACCCAAUGUCUUAUGCUUUUUUCAAAAGAGACAUAAAGAAAGAGUUUAAAAGGCUUAUCAGUCAGCUGGUUUAAUUUAGGCGGAAAAGUAACCGUGUAGAGCCUUCCACUUGAUCAUUUUUGAAGGACAUAGAUCUUAAUAGAUCUUAGAUCUUAGAACGCAUGCGGAUAAGCGCUAUAUAAGUGUUAUUAUUAUUAUUAAUAUUGGUUGGCAGAACUGCCUUUGAUAGCGGAUUGUGUAAGGCAUCGCAGGCGGCAGUUUUGGGGUCGGCAAAUCCCUGGCGGUUUGUUUCAAAUCAUAGUUUGGAAGCACUGGUGUUUAAGGAGGGUACAAGAACAAAAGUAGGACGAGGAUACAAUCCAAAAGGGACCUUACUAUCCGAAAACAGAGACGCCAAUGAAAACGUCGCUGAAAAAUAGACUUCGCGUCCAUUGAAACUUUUUCGCCCUCAUACCAAGUCGCCCAGUGAAUUGAAAGUGCGGAACAUGUGUUAGGUUCGAACUGAAGAGAGGACACCGCGUCCGAGUUCAGAGAGGGAUAGUAAAUAAAUUUAUCGCCUUGUCGUUCCAGUUCUUAAGCCCGUCAUCUAAAAAACAUUGACUAUUCCACGUUGUAGUUGUGUAGGGACAGCGGAGAAAUGUACAAAAAAAAGUGAUGCACGUGCAGCCGGAGCUGUUGUUUUGCUCACUGAAGCCUAUUGUGUUUUAGGCGUUCUUCUUGCCGUCGCCGUUGUAGUUUCCUAAGGUUCCUAGCAGUAUAUGUCAGUUGCUCUUGAAACGGCGAUUCUGAGGUAUCAAGCCUACGUCAAAGGUAGUGGUAGACGAAAUUUCUAAUUGAAACUUUUUGUUUCAAACCAAGGGAAAGUAUUUCUUUUUCCUGGCUUUAUUUUCCACAUUAAUUAUUGUAAUCAACUCUGUUAAGUAGUUUCCUAGAAUUUAAACAAGCAUGAAGUAAACGUUUUUGUUUUUGUACAGGAAAAGAAUUGUAUUAUUUUUUCCUUUCCAUGAAAACUGAUAGUUAAUUAACCUCAGUCCAUGCUAGGUGUGAAUGAAAUAUUAACAACUUUAGAGCAUGAUCUGUAUGAUCCAUACAGGCAACAUGGAUAUUUUUUUUUUUCAGAUUCCCAUUGAUCCCCGGCUAUGGGGUGGCGAAAAGCCAUCUUUUUCUUCAAACAAGUUUUAAAGCUGUUUAGAGAACGUCAGUGGACGAUUUUGUAAUAAUUUGUAAUAUCCGUCUUGAUUUGCAUUUCGUAGUAGCUGUUCUAAUUUGCUUUCAGAAGGAUCCUCAGUUACUUUCCUGUCAUGUUCAGGGGUCUCCGUACCAAAAUAAAGCUAAAAAAGUUAACUGAAAACAGGUAUUGCAAUAAGGAAACAUAAAUUCAAAUAAACUAUUGCAAAGCGAUUUAUUUCUGUGUCCCACCUGAUGAAAAAGUGACGCUAAAGAUGUUGUCUUUACUAUGAUCUCCAACAUCAGCAUAAUUCAGAGAUAUAUUCGGAAAUUAAUCGCUAUUCUAUGAGACGAAACUGCAUUUCAAGACCUCACCAUUUUCUUUAGAUAUAAGCCAGUUAUGCAUGUCGAUAGCAUAUUUAUUCAAUGUUUUUAUGGCCCUUCAAACUUUGUCUCAAACUAUUUCCAAAAUUCAGCUGAGCCAGGAGUAAAGACUAGGUGUUCCAGUGUCCCAGCGGCACAUUACCACCCGAGAAAUUUCUAAAGAACCCCAACCCCCCCCCCAUGGGAAACCCUAACAAGAGUAGACGAGAUGUCCACCGCUGGAACGGUACAUUAAAAAACGCUACAUAACAACAUUUUCGACAUUAAGCGAUAAAAGACACUUUCACCUUUAACAAUGUAUUAUAUUCAAAGAAUUUAUUACAACAUUUUGUUGCUAUUUUAUCAUCAAACACACAAAGAAACAUUUAGUAUUAAUGUAUUGUUGUCUUGAUGCACAUUUUUGUGAUAACACAGCCCAAUACAAAUUAUUAUUUAAUGACAUUAAUUAGCAAAUUAAGACGAUGUAAACAACAAAUAGGGCAUUUUCACUCACGUGGCCAGCACCUAUGCAAAUUUAUUGGAACAAAAGAGAGCGUUUACAUAAGAAAAGAGUUCAGUGUCCUUGAUAUUGAUGCAAGAUGUUGGUUAUAUUCUACAGUUGAUAACAACUUCCUCUAACUGUUAAGAAUGGAGACCUGGUUUUGGAUUCUUGGCUGGGUUCUUUCAUUUCUGGCUAUUAUUGGAAAUGGAUUUACAAUCUUCCUCGUUUGCAGCAGACGAAAUCUUCGCACCAAAACCAACGCGUUUGUGGUAUCACUUGCGGUAGCGGAUUUCUGUGUUGGUUUGAGCGUUAUUCCUUCUCUGUUAGCUUGCGAAUUUACAAACACCUGCCACUGGCCUGAUUAUUGGUUAUCGUGGGUGAAUAUUAUAAGAUUGUUGUUUAGUCACUCGUCUGUUGUAAACUUAUGCGGCUUAGUACUGGAUCGUUUUAUUGCCAUCAUCUAUCCUCUAAAAUAUAUUACUUUGAUGACUCGCCGUCGAAUUACCCAAGUUAUUUUCCUCUCUUGGGCUCUACCAGUUAGUUACAAUGCGCUAAAAAAUACCCUUUGUAUUGUCUUAUUUCAAAAUGAUACCUCCGACUGUCCUUUUAUUUGGCCGACCAUAAUUUCCGAGUUUCUUCUAUGUGCUGUAUUAAUGCUCUGCUUUGUAUCAAUGAUAUUUCAUGUAUGCAGGCAUGAUCAGUCAGCACGCACCUUAGCAAAACAGUUGCGUUUUAACCAUCAGGUAUCGUUUAAAACCCAUCACGAGAAGUCCGCAGUAAUGAUGAUGGGUAUUGUGAUAGGAGUGUUUCUUGUUUGCUACGGUAUGUAUCUACGUUGUAGUUUUCUAAUACUAUCCUCAUCACCAUGUAAUGAUGAAAACUACAAAAUUACUUUCUUGGUUUUAAACUCAGCUAUUAACCCACUGGCUUAUGCCUUUUUCAAAAGAGACAUAAAGAAAGAGUUUAAAAGACUCGUUGGCGCUGUGUUUUAUAGAAAAUAA